AUGGCUGAUGAAAGUCGACAGGAUGUGGAAGACCGUGAGCGCAUCUUCAAGCGUUGUGACACAAAAGGCGACGGGAAAGUAUCUUCCACAGAGCUUGGUGAGGCCCUCAAGGCACUCGGUUCAGUUUCAGUUGAAGAAGUUAAGCGGAUGAUGGCUGAGCUGGACACCGAUGGGGAUGGCUUCAUAUCGUUAGACGAGUUCACAGAGUUCGCAAAGGCCAACAGGGGCUUAAUUAGGGAUGUUGCCAAGAUUUUCUAG